AUGGAAUGUCCAAAUAGAAUCCCAGCUUCUAUCUUCCAUGUGGAACAGUUGGUAGGAGGAUCCUCUGUGUCCAGAGAUGAGGGCUAUUUCGGCAGUUCCGGAAUGUAUGCUCAAAGAGUUGCGACCGAGUAUGACUGUUCGACAGCGAGAAAUUAUGGAAUCGCUUCUUCGCCUCUCUCCAAAGCGGGAGCACAAUCUCCGACAAACACGGCUCUCAGCGUCUACCAUCAACAUCAUUACCUUUCGCAACUAAAUGCUUUUGGGCCUGAAUAUAAAAAUUCAUCCCAGGUAGCACAGCCUGUUAUCCGAUCCCUGUUUCCAUGUUCUUUCCCAUCGGACAGUGUGAAGGAGGACUCAAUGUUCUGCCUAUAUAGCGGAGAUCCAAACGGACGCACGGAUACAGUUGUUGGAACUUGUUCCUACACCGGGAUGGCUGAGAGACGCCAUCCCAGUCAAACGCACGAACAUUCUUGUCCGGAAUCCUCGACAGCUAAUCAACGGUACCUAAGGAAAGAGAAGGCGCAUGGCUUGGGAUCAGAAAGUAUCUUCUCUGUGUCCGGAAUUGAGACAGAUAAUCCAGAACUAUUUAACGACACCUGCGAAACCAAUCAGGAGGCGCAUCAGGCAGUGGCAGACAGUAAACUCGAGGAGAAUCACAGUCCCACGAAACAACUGCCUGAGAAAGAGAACGUCCUUAAAACGGACGGUAGCACAGACAACUCAGACAGUGAGGUUAAAGGGGACAGAUUGGAGAAUGUCUUUGGAAACUGGCUGACAGCGAAAAGUAGACGGAAAAGGCGUUGUCCUUACACCAAACAUCAAAUACUGGGACUGGAGAAGGAGUUCUUGUUCAACAUGUAUCUGACGCGAGAGCGCCGCUUGGAGAUCAGCAAGAGUAUUGACUUAUCUGACAGACAGGUCAAAAUAUGGUUUCAAAACCGACGUAUGAAGCUCAAGAAAUUCAACAGGGAGAGUCGAGUGAGAGAGCUAACCUCUGCUUAUGACUAUACUUAAACCUUACAUCUUAUUGGGAGAGAAAUACUUUUACGCGUAAGCUGCACAUACAGGCUAGGCAUGCACACAUACAGGAGAAAACAUCUAGAGCAGGAUAGGAAUUGUAAAAGCCUCUCAAACAUCUUCACGUUUCUUUCGAGCCCAUGCAUGGUUUUAUGAAAAAUGUAAGUUUCAUGAUUUGACAGUGAAAUGCUAUGAUGCUCUAAAGAUGCACAUUGUUUAAAAGGCUGGAUAUUAAAGUGGCACUCCAGACUCCUUUUCACCUCAUUUAACACCUGAUGUAGUUGACAAAAGGCACAUCUCAAUUAGGUGGUUCAGGUAUGUCAUGAAAUACAUAGCAAAA